CGCGUGCGUCGUGCGUGCUCGCGCGCGCGGCCCAGCGAGCGGCGCUCGGGGGCCCGAGUCGGCUGUGGCUAGGCGGCUCCGCGCUCCAGGGCUCCUCGGCGUGACGGCCGCGCCCGCGCUGUUCCAGCCCGCCGCCGAGGCCGCUCCCGGGGCGCGAAGAUGCCGGCCGUAUCCAAGGGGGACGGGAUGCGGGGCCUAGCGGUCUUCAUCUCCGACAUCCGCAACUGUAAAAGUAAAGAAGCCGAAAUAAAGAGGAUAAACAAGGAACUGGCAAAUAUUAGAUCAAAAUUUAAAGGUGACAAGGCUCUUGAUGGCUACAGUAAAAAGAAGUAUGUCUGCAAGUUGCUCUUCAUCUUUCUCCUUGGUCAUGACAUUGACUUUGGACACAUGGAAGCUGUGAAUCUUCUGAGCUCAAACAGAUACACAGAAAAGCAGAUUGGCUACCUUUUCAUCUCUGUAUUGGUGAACUCGAACAGUGAACUGAUCCGCUUGAUUAACAAUGCCAUCAAGAACGACCUGGCCAGCCGCAACCCCACAUUUAUGGGCCUGGCCCUGCACUGCAUUGCCAAUGUGGGUAGUCGUGAGAUGGCAGAGGCCUUCGCUGGAGAGAUCCCCAAGAUCCUCGUGGCAGGAGAUACCAUGGAUAGUGUGAAGCAGAGUGCAGCCCUGUGCUUGUUGCGUCUGUACAGGACAUCACCUGACCUAGUUCCUAUGGGUGACUGGACAUCCCGAGUGGUACACCUCCUCAAUGAUCAGCACUUGGGUGUAGUAACUGCUGCAACUAGCCUCAUCACCACACUGGCCCAGAAGAAUCCUGAGGAGUUCAAGACCUCUGUCUCUCUAGCCGUCUCUCGACUGAGCAGAAUUGUGACAUCCGCAUCAACAGAUCUUCAGGAUUAUACUUACUAUUUUGUCCCAGCUCCUUGGCUGUCAGUCAAACUUCUGAGACUGCUGCAAUGCUACCCACCCCCAGAAGACCCUGCGGUGCGUGGCCGUCUGACUGAGUGCUUGGAGACCAUCCUGAACAAGGCCCAGGAACCACCCAAGUCUAAGAAGGUCCAACACUCAAAUGCCAAGAAUGCUGUGCUGUUUGAGGCCAUCAGCCUUAUCAUCCAUCAUGACAGUGAACCAAACUUACUCGUCCGUGCCUGCAACCAGCUGGGCCAGUUCCUGCAGCACCGGGAGACAAACCUGCGAUACCUAGCUCUGGAGAGCAUGUGCACAUUGGCCAGCUCUGAGUUCUCUCACGAGGCCGUAAAGACCCACAUUGAGACUGUCAUCAAUGCCUUGAAGACUGAGCGAGACGUGAGUGUGCGGCAGCGGGCAGUGGACCUGCUCUACGCCAUGUGUGACCGCAGCAAUGCCCAGCAAAUUGUGGCUGAAAUGCUGAGUUACCUAGAGACGGCUGACUAUUCCAUCCGAGAGGAAAUUGUGCUGAAGGUGGCCAUCCUAGCUGAGAAGUAUGCAGUGGACUACACUUGGUAUGUGGACACUAUCCUCAACCUCAUCCGCAUCGCAGGCGACUAUGUGAGCGAAGAGGUGUGGUACCGUGUCAUCCAGAUUGUCAUCAACCGUGAUGAUGUGCAGGGUUAUGCUGCCAAGACUGUUUUUGAGGCAUUACAGGCUCCAGCGUGUCAUGAGAACUUGGUCAAAGUGGGCGGCUACAUCUUGGGGGAGUUUGGAAACUUGAUAGCUGGGGACCCACGAUCCAGCCCUCUGAUCCAGUUCAACCUGCUCCACUCCAAGUUCCACUUGUGCAGCGUCCCCACCCGGGCGCUCCUGCUGUCCACCUACAUCAAGUUCGUGAACCUCUUUCCAGAGGUAAAGGCUACAAUUCAGGACGUGCUACGCAGUGACAGCCAACUGAAGAAUGCAGAUGUGGAGCUGCAACAGCGGGCUGUGGAGUACCUGCGGCUGAGUACUGUGGCCAGCACUGAUAUCCUGGCGACUGUCCUGGAGGAAAUGCCACCCUUUCCUGAGCGUGAGUCCUCCAUCUUGGCCAAGCUGAAGAAGAAGAAGGGCCCGAGCACAGUGACUGACCUGGAGGAGAGCAAGCGUGAGCGAAGCAUGGACGUGAAUGGGGGCCCUGAACCCGUUCCAGCCAGCACUAGUGCUGCGUCUACACCUUCCCCGUCAGCAGACCUGCUGGGUCUGGGGGCUGUUCCCCCUGCUCCCACAGGGCCCCCUCCCUCCUCUGGCGGUGGGCUACUAGUGGACGUGUUCUCAGACUCAGCUUCUGCAGUUGCACCUCUUGCACCCGGCUCCGAAGACAACUUUGCCAGGUUUGUUUGCAAAAAUAAUGGUGUGUUGUUUGAAAACCAGCUACUUCAAAUUGGACUUAAGUCUGAAUUUCGGCAGAAUUUAGGCCGAAUGUUCAUAUUUUAUGGUAACAAGACCUCCACACAGUUCCUAAACUUCACUCCAACACUAAUCUGUGCUGACGACCUUCAGGCUAAUCUGAACCUGCAGACCAAGCCCGUGGACCCAACUGUGGAUGGGGGCGCACAGGUGCAACAGGUGGUCAACAUUGAGUGUGUAUCUGAUUUCACAGAGGCACCUGUUCUCAACAUCCAGUUCAGGUAUGGUGGUACCUUCCAGAAUGUGUCUGUUAAGCUGCCCAUCACGCUCAACAAAUUUUUCCAGCCCACAGAAAUGGCUUCUCAGGAUUUCUUUCAACGUUGGAAGCAGUUGAGCAAUCCACAGCAAGAAGUGCAGAAUAUCUUCAAAGCAAAGCAUCCAAUGGAUACAGAGAUCACUAAAGCAAAGAUUAUUGGAUUUGGUUCUGCACUCCUUGAGGAAGUUGAUCCAAACCCUGCAAAUUUUGUGGGUGCUGGCAUAAUACAUACCAAAACCACCCAGAUUGGCUGUUUACUGCGCCUGGAACCAAAUCUGCAAGCUCAGAUGUACCGACUCACGCUACGUACCAGCAAAGACACCGUCUCUCAGAGACUAUGUGAAUUGCUGUCGGAACAGUUCUAAUCCACGGGCCAGAAGAUCAGGCUCCUUGUUUGUGCGUCUUCUUGUCUCUACCGUUUGUCUUUGUACCACACUGCAGAUAAACACCCCUUGUCUGAAAACUGCCACUCAAGGCACCUUCAGUCCUACACCUACAGCCAGCCCCUUGGGUGUGGAGAUAAUGCAGGACACAGUUUGAGAAGGGCUGCAGCAGGCCUGCCCCAUCAAAGAAGGGUGCCUGGGCCUGGAAAAUCAAGGCAGCCCUGUAGUUCAACCUACAAAUUAAAGGGAAAUUACAAGUUUGAACGAAAGUGGAAAUUUUGUUCAAAUUUUAUUAAAAUGCCACUGACUCAUUCUCAGAA